AGAUUCGAUACCACCACCACUGAGAUACAUUAUAUGAUAUAUCGAAGUCAUCAAGCACAAACUCACUACACUAAUCGGGCGCAUCUUCGAAUCACUUCGUCUGGGAAACAUGGGCAUACUUUGGUCUCGAUUGUUCGGCAAGGAGGAGAUGAAAUUGGUGAUUUUGGGCCUAGAUAAUGCGGGCAAAUCGACGAUAUUGUAUAAAAUUACGAUGGGCGAAGUGGUUUCCACAGCACCCACAGUGGGAGCUAAUCAGGAACUAUUCGAAUACAAAAACUUGAAAAUUCGGAUGUGGGAUUUAGGAGGUCAAACCAGUCUAAGGCCUUCAUGGUCAUCGUACUACGGGCAAGCAAAGGCGUUGAUCAUGGUAGUGGAUUCGACGGAUCGAGCUCGGUUAAAUUUAGCAAAGGAAGAGCUCCAUCGAGUGGCCACAGAUCCUGAGCUUUCGGCCCAGUCCGGAUCCGACGGAGCCUGUCUACUGAUAUUCGCAAACAAACAAGAUGUCAAAGGAUGUAUGACUCCCGCACAAGUAUCUGAAGGUUUGGCACUGACCGAGCUGAGGGAUAGACAAUGGCAAAUAGUGGCAUGUUCGGCACUGACUGGUAAAGGACUGAUGGAAGGCAUGGAUUGGAUCGCGUUAGUGACUUGAGCUAAGUUUACUCAGGUAACAUUGCGCUGACACCCUAUUACUUAUCCGUUUAAAUUUCCUUCGACGCGUGACUCUGACUCGCAGAAAUCAGUUGAAAUCACAAAAAUAGGGCCGAUUGGCCCUGUGUAACGGCUGACCUUCAAGAAAGAACUAAACAGUAAAAGACAUUGUUCAUUACACUAUUUCUCUGACUUGGCAUUGUUUUUUUUGACAAUUUAAUAACUCUCUCUCUCUCUCAUCAAGCUGUAAUAAAUUGAUCACUUGUGUCUCCAUACCUCCAAUGUUUGUUGUUUUAUGUAUGUCCAGUUUCUUUUCAACUAGCAAUCAGUUCUCUAUCCUGAACCCCACAGUAAAAUCCUGAGUUCAUCAAAGCAUUGAUCUUCCAGUUCUUUGGAUUCAUUGACUUGACCUGUUGUCUUGUGUUGUCUUGUGUGUUGUUAUCUAGGCAUGAUUUGAGAAAUG